AUGUCCGAGACAAAGCUCACUAGUAACGUCAAUGGCGUCAGCAGCUACUCCUCCGCAUCUUCCUCUACUGAAAACGAUGCGGAUCUGCAUGAGUACAAUGGAUUUGAUGAGCAGACAGAAGCUCGCAUCCAGAAACUGGCAAGAACUUUGACUGCUCAGAGUGCGCAGCACUCGACUCAAUCGGCGUCCAACAAACAAGACGUUCAAUCUAUCUUCUCCAGUGGCGUGGAAGGUGUCAACCCGGUCUUUAUCGACCCUCAAGCCCCAGGCUAUAAUGAAAAAUUGGAUCCAAAUUCUGAAAACUUCUCCAGUGCUGCUUGGGUUAAAAACAUGGCCCAUUUAAGUGCGGCUGACCCAGAGUUUUAUAAACCGUAUUCCUUGGGUUGUGCCUGGAAGAACUUAAGUGCCUCCGGUGAUUCCGCUGAUGUCGCAUACCAGCCCACCGUGCUCAAUACUCCAUUCAAACUUAUUCGAAACUCCAUGAGAAUGUUACAAAAAUCAAACGAUGGUAACACCUUCCAAAUCUUGAAACCCAUGGACGGUUGUCUAAACCCAGGUGAACUAUUGGUCGUCUUGGGUAGACCAGGUUCUGGUUGUACCACUCUAUUGAAAUCCAUUUCUUCAAAUACCCACGGUUUCGAUGUUGGCGAAGACACAGAAAUCACUUACAGUGGGUAUUCUAGCGAAGAUAUCAAAAAACAUUAUCGUGGUGAAGUUGUUUACAAUGCAGAAGCUGAUAUCCAUUUACCUCACUUAACAGUUUUCCAAACUUUACUCACAGUCGCUAGACUAAAGACACCUCAAAAUCGUAUAAAGGGUGUAGAUAGAGAAAGUUAUGCUCAGCACUUGGCUGAAGUUGCUAUGGCUACCUAUGGUUUAUCUCAUACCAGAAAUACCAAGGUCGGUAGUGAUUUAGUUAGAGGUGUGUCCGGUGGUGAAAGAAAACGUGUUUCUAUCGCAGAAGUCUCCAUUUGUGGGUCUAAGUUCCAGUGUUGGGAUAAUGCUACAAGAGGUUUGGAUUCCGCCACCGCUUUGGAAUUCAUCCGUGCUUUGAAAAUUCAAGCCAACAUUUCAAACACAUCUGCUACUGUGGCUAUCUACCAAUGUUCUCAAGAUGCAUAUGAUCUAUUUAAUAAAGUGUGUGUCUUAGAUGACGGUUAUCAGAUUUAUUAUGGCCCAGGUGAUAAGGCCAAGAAAUAUUUCGAAGAUAUGGGAUACGUGUGUCCAAGCAGACAGACAACCGCCGAUUUCUUGACCUCCGUGACCAGUGUCUCAGAAAGAACACUGAACGAAGACAUGUUAAAAAAAGGCAUUACCAUUCCACAAACACCAAAGGACAUGAAUGCUUACUGGAUGAAGUCCCAAAAUUACAAAGAAUUAAUGGAAGAAAUCGAUCAAAAAAUCAAUGGUAAUGAUGAGGCCGCCCGUGAAGCCAUCAAAGAAGCUCACAUUGCUAAACAAUCAAAGAGAGCAAGACCCUCUUCUCCUUACACUGUCAAUUAUAUGAUGCAAGUUAAAUACCUACUCGCGAGAAAUAUGUGGAGAAUACGAAAUAAUAUUGGGUUUACAUUAUUCAUGAUCUUAGGUAAUGCCAGUAUGGCUUUGAUUUUGGGUUCCAUGUUUUACAAAAUCAUGAAAAAGGGUGACACCUCUACUUUCUUCUUCCGUGGUUCUGCUAUGUUUUUCGCCAUUUUGUUUAAUGCGUUCUCUUCUUUACUGGAAAUUUUCUCGUUAUAUGAAGCUAGGCCAAUUACUGAGAAGCAUAGAACUUACUCAUUAUAUCAUCCAAGUGCAGAUGCCUUUGCAUCAGUGCUUUCCGAAGUUCCUACAAAGGUCACUAUUGCCAUAUGUUUCAACAUCAUCUUCUACUUCUUAGUCGACUUCAAAAGAGACGGUGGCAUAUUCUUUUUCUACCUACUGAUCAAUAUCGUUGCUGUUUUCUCUAUGUCUCAUUUGUUUAGAUGCGUUGGUUCACUAACAAAAACAUUAUCGGAGGCUAUGGUUCCCGCUUCUAUGUUACUGUUGGCUCUUUCUAUGUACACCGGGUUUGCUAUUCCAAAGAAGAAGAUUUUAGGAUGGUCUAAAUGGAUUUGGUAUAUCAACCCGCUGGCUUACUUAUUCGAAUCUCUGUUAAUCAAUGAAUUUCACGAUAGAAAAUUUCCAUGUGCUCAAUAUAUUCCUCGUGGUACUGCUUACACAAAUGCAACGGGCACAGAAACCAUCUGCAGCGUCGUCGGUGCUAUUCCUGGCCAAGAUUAUGUGUUGGGAGAUGAUUUCAUUAGAGAAAGUUAUCAAUAUUACCAUAACCACAAAUGGCGUGGAUUCGGUAUUGGUAUGGCGUAUGUCGUUUUCUUUUUCUUCGUUUAUCUAUUCCUAUGUGAAUAUAAUGAAGGUGCUAAACAAAAAGGUGAAAUUUUGGUUUUUCCACGUAGUAUUGUGAAAAAGAUGCAGAAGCAAGGCUCUUUGAAAGAGAAGAAUGCUAAUGAUCCUGAAAAUGUUGGUGAACGUAGCGAUUUUUCCAGUGAUAAAAAAAUGCUACAAGAAAGUUCUGAGGAAGAAUCCGAAACUUAUGCGGAUGUUGGUUUAUCUAAGUCUGAAGCUAUUUUCCACUGGAGAAAUCUGUGUUACGAAGUCCAGAUUAAAACUGAAACAAGACGUAUUUUGAACAACGUUGAUGGCUGGGUUAAACCAGGUACUUUAACUGCUUUAAUGGGUGCUUCCGGAGCUGGUAAAACUACGCUUUUGGAUUGUUUAGCUGAAAGAGUUACCAUGGGUGUCAUCACUGGUGAUAUCUUUGUCAAUGGUAUUCCUCGUGAUCAAUCUUUCCCAAGAUCUAUUGGUUACUGUCAACAACAAGAUUUACACUUAAAAACUUCUACUGUGAGAGAAUCUUUAAGGUUCUCUGCAUAUCUACGUCAACCAGCUGAGGUCUCCAUUGAAGAGAAAAAUGCCUAUGUUGAAGAAGUUAUCAAAAUUUUGGAAAUGGAGAAAUAUGCCGAUGCUGUUGUCGGUAUUGCCGGUGAAGGUUUAAAUGUCGAGCAAAGAAAAAGAUUGACCAUUGGUGUUGAGUUAACUGCCAAGCCAAAACUAUUAGUCUUUUUGGAUGAACCCACGUCUGGUUUAGAUUCUCAAACUGCUUGGUCCAUUUGCCAAUUGAUGAAAAAACUAGCAGACCAUGGUCAAGCAAUUCUUUGUACCAUUCAUCAACCUUCCGCUAUUUUGAUGCAAGAGUUUGACCGUUUGCUAUUUAUGCAACGUGGUGGUAAGACAGUUUACUUUGGGGACUUAGGUGAUGGUUGCAAGACUAUGAUUAAUUAUUUCGAAAGCCAUGGUUCUCAUAAGUGUCCUCCUGAUGCCAACCCAGCUGAGUGGAUGUUAGAAGUUGUGGGUGCUGCUCCUGGUUCUCAUGCUGACCAAGAUUAUCAUGAAGUUUGGAGAAAUUCUGAUGAAUACAGAGCUGUUCAAUCUGAAUUAGAUUGGAUGGAAAAGGAAUUACCAAAGAAGGGCCCUAUUACCGCCGAAUCUGACCAACAUGAGUUUGCUCAAUCACUCAGUUAUCAAACAAAAUUGGUCAGUGUUCGUUUAUUCCAACAAUAUUGGAGAACCCCAGAAUAUUUGUGGUCCAAAUUCAUCCUGACUAUUUUCAAUCAAUUGUUUAUCGGUUUCACAUUUUUCAAGGCUGGGACCUCAUUACAGGGUUUACAGAAUCAAAUGUUAGCAGUUUUCAUGUUCACGGUUAUCUUCAAUCCUAUUUUGCAACAGUACUUACCAUCCUUUGUUCAACAAAGAGAUUUAUAUGAAGCUAGAGAACGUCCUUCAAGAACUUUUUCUUGGCUACCAUUUAUCCUUGCUCAGAUCUUUGUGGAGGUUCCAUGGAACAUUCUAGCAGGUACAAUCGCUUAUUUCAUCUAUUACUACCCAAUCGGCUUUUACGCAAAUGCAUCAGCUGCUCAUCAAUUGCACGAAAGAGGUGCUUUGUUUUGGCUAUUCUCCAUUGCUUUCUAUGUUUACGUGGGUUCAAUGGGUUUGCUCGUUAUAUCUUUCAACAAGGUUGCUGAAAGUGCUGCUAACCUCGGUUCUCUGUUGUUUACUAUGGCCUUGUCUUUCUGUGGUGUUAUGGUGACCCCAGAAGGUCUACCUAGGUUUUGGAUUUUCAUGUACAGAGUCUCACCAUUGACUUACUUCAUUCAAGCCCUUUUGUCUGUUGGUGUCGCAAAUGUGGACAUCAAGUGUGACGAUUACGAACUCUUAAGAUUUACACCCCCAUCCGAUAUGACUUGUGGAGAAUACAUGAAGCCGUAUCUACUGCAGGCCGGCACUGGUUAUUUGACUGAUGAAAGCGCUACUGACACUUGUAAGUUUUGCCCGAUCUCUACAACGAACGCUUACUUAGCCAGCGUCAAUUCAUAUUACAGUGAAAGGUGGAGAAAUUACGGUAUUUUCAUUUGCUACAUUGCCUUUAAUUACAUCGCAGGUGUCUUUUUGUACUGGCUAGCAAGAGUACCCAAGAAGAACAAGAAAAUCUCCAAGAAAUAG